CAGUUCUAGGAGGAGAGUGCGAGUGUAAACAGUGCACACCACUUCACACAUACAUGGGAUUGAAUGGACUUGAUACCGGCUAUCAUGGAUCCAUUGAAAUAUAUUUCAAGACAGUGAAUAUAUUUUUUUAUUCGUCUUUUUCGCGUUUAUUUUAAUUUUAUUUUUACUACAAUCGGAGGCGCAAUAUUAAAUGGACAACCUCAGUAAACUUGACACAUGUUUGGACCAGCAAGCCGUGUGCAGCACACUAUCAGCGGGCGUUAUAAGCUGAACAGGUAGCAAGCGAACCUGACUAAAGCUGCCAAAAGCUACCACCGGCAAAUUACGACUAAUAGGAGCUACUGGUAAUGCGGAAUGACUUCAUGGGACUCGUGGGUUCUUCGGAACCGCUGCGCGCCAAUGAUCAGCUGAUUUUUUUAAAGAGAAUCAUCAACGACAACCGCAGUCCACAAUAUAUCGCAGAUUGAAAGCGGCAUCAACGCUUCAUCUAAAGUUAAAAGCCUAGAACGAACUGUUAAACGCUUGUAAAUGUAAUAAUUUUAGUGUUGCUCCCCAGCUCGCGCAGUUGUUUUCUUCACAACUCAACUGCAAUUCGCCCAAUGGAAAGACAAAUCAUUGCGCUUCACAGAAGACUUACAGAAAUCUAAAGACUUGUAUUGAAGCGGAUGUCUUAACACCGGAGUAAAACCAGCAUGUCCCUGCUCUGAAUAGGAUUUGUAUCGAAUAAGAGGUCUCUACAAAGCACAAACCAAAUGUUUGGCAUCAGAAGGACACGCAUUCCAAUUCUCGUAUGUGCUAAAGGGGAUUUUCUUUUGGAUAACGGACUGUCCGUGGACACUGUCCUUUCUCACAUGGAAGAUUUCACCAAUCCCUCACUGUGACAUUCAACACUGAAUGCGGAGGAGAGGAAAAAGAAGUGCUUGAAUACCAAAUUGAAUAUUUGAAAACUACAACCAUAAUACAAGCAUUGAAGCCAUGGAUCUAAGAGACUUCUACCUACUGGCUGCCCUGAUAGCCUGCUUUUGGAUGGACCCGUCUACAGCUCAGGAGCUCAUCUACCCCAUCAGAGAGGAGUUGCAGGAAAAUGUUCUGAUUGGAAACAUACCAAAGGACCUGAAUAUCUCUCAUAUGAAUGCUGCGACAGGAACCAGCGCCAACCUGGUCUACAGACUGGUAUCUAAAGCGGGCGACAACCCGCUGCUCAGAGUGUUGAGCAGUACGGGGGAGAUAUUCACCACCUCCAACCGCAUCGACAGAGAGAAGCUGUGCCCCGGUCCCUCGUUUGAGGAGAGCGAGUGCUCCUUUGAGAUCGAGGUGGUGAUUUUACCCAACGACUAUUUCAGACUGAUCAAGAUUAAAAUAGUUGUUAAGGACACCAACGACAACGCUCCCAUGUUCCCAUCCCCUGUCAUAAACAUCUCCAUCCCGGAGAACACACUUAUCAACAGCCGCUUCGCCAUCCCCUCCGCCACCGACCCAGACACCGGCCCCAAUAGUGUUCACAAGUACGAGCUGGUGAAUGGGCAGAGCGCCUUUGGGCUGGACAUCGUGGAGACGCCCGAGGGAGAGAAGUGGCCGCAGCUCAUCGUUCAGCAGAACCUGGACCGGGAGCAGAAAGACACGUAUGUCAUGAAGAUCAAGGUGGAGGAUGGGGGGGCGCCGCAGAAAUCCAGCACCGCCAUCCUACAAGUCACGGUCACAGACGUCAACGACAACAAGCCGGUUUUCAGGGAAAGCCAGAUGGAGGUCCACAUACCCGAGAACUCCCCCAUAGGGACCUCAGUGGUCCAACUGCAGGCUACGGAUGCAGACGUCGGGGCAAACGCAGAAAUCAAAUAUAUGUUUGGGACACAGGUGUCCCCGGCAACCAAGAGGCUCUUUGCUUUGAAUGGCACCAGUGGCCUUAUAACCGUUCAGAGGCCCCUGGACAGGGAAGAGACAGCCAUACACAAGCUGUCUGUGUUGGCCAGUGAUGGCAGCUCCAGCCCAGCCAGAGCCACCAUAACCAUAAAUGUGACGGAUGUGAACGACAAUCCACCAAACAUUGAUCUGAGGUACAUCAUCAGUCCCAUAAAUGGCACUGUGUUUCUCUCUGAGAAGGAUCCGAUAAACACCAAGAUUGCUCUUAUAACGGUGUCGGACAAGGACAUGGACGUGAACGGCAAGGUCAUUUGUUUCAUCGAGAAAGAUGUCCCUUUCCACCUCAAAGCGGUGUACGACAACCAGUAUUUACUAGAGACGUCAGCAUUGCUAGACUUCGAAGGGACCAAAGAGUACAACUUCAAAAUCGUGGCCUCUGAUUCUGGCAAGCCAAGCUUGAAUCAGACUGCUUUGGUUAGGGUGAGGCUGGAGGAUGAAAAUGAUAACCCACCCAUCUUUAGUCAGCCAGUCAUCGAGCUGGCCGUCAUGGAAAACAAUAUACGCGACCUGUUUCUCACAACACUCAGCGCCACAGAUGAGGACAGUGGGAAGAAUGCAGAGAUUGUGUAUCAGCUGGGGCCUAAUGCCUCCUUCUUUGAUCUGGACCGUAAAACUGGUGUCCUCACAGCCUCCAGGGUGUUUGACCGCGAGGAGCAGGAACGUUUCGUCUUCACAGUAACAGCCAGAGACAACGGGACUCCUCCACUUCAGAGCCAGGCGGCUGUCAUCGUGACGAUUCUUGAUGAAAAUGAUAACAAUCCCAAGUUUACCCACAACCACUUCCAGUUCUUUGUGUCAGAGAAUCUGCCAAAGUACAGCACUGUGGGGGUGAUUACUGUCACAGACUCAGACGCGGGGGAAAAUGCUGCCGUCACGCUGUCGAUACUCAGUGACAAUGAAAACUUCAUCUUGGACCCGUAUUCUGGGGUCAUUAAGUCCAACAUGUCCUUCGAUCGCGAGCAGCAGAGCUCCUACACCUUUGACGUCCGGGCUGUGGAUAGUGGGCGGCCGCCCUGUUCCUCCGCUGCUAAGGUGACCAUCAACGUCAUCGACGUGAAUGACAACAUCCCCAUCGUCAUCUAUCCUCCGUCGAACACCUCCAUCAAACUGGUCCCCCUCUCCUCCAUCCCUGGAUCGGUGGUGGCCGAGGUCUUUGCUGUGGACGGCGACACGGGCAUGAACGCAGAGCUCAAGUACACCAUAGUGAGCGGCAACAACAAGGGCCUGUUCCGGAUCGACCCUGUGACAGGAAACAUCACGUUGGAGGAGAAGCCUGCUCUGUCCGACAUGGGGCUACAUCGACUUGUGGUCAACAUCAGCGACCUGGGCUACCCUAAGUCCCUUCACACCUUGGUGCUGGUGUUCCUGUACGUGAACGACACGGUCGGCAAUGCUACCUUCAUCCAUGACCUCAUCCGCCGCACAAUGGAGACACCCCUGGACAGGAAUAUUGGGGAGAGCAGUGAAACCUACCAGAGCGGAGACUAUCUAACCAUCAUGAUCGCCAUUGUUGCAGGUGCGAUGGUGGUGAUCGUGGUGAUCUUCGUGACGGUGCUGGUUCGCUGCCGCCACGCCUCGCGGUUCAAAGCUGCCCAGCGGAAGAAACAGGGCGCCGAGUGGAUGUCGCCCAACCAGGAGAACAAGCAGAACAAGAAGAAGAAGCGGAAGAAAAGGAAGUCGCCCAAGAGCUCCCUCUUGAACUUUGUCACCAUCGAGGAGAACAAAGCAGAUGACACAGCCCGCGAGCCAAUCAACGGCACCAUCAGCCUCCCGGCCGAGCUGGAGGAGCAGGGCAUUGGCCGCUUUGAUUGGAGCACGGCCCCCACCACCACCUUCAAACCCCCCAGCCCUGACCUGGCCCGACACUACAAGUCUGCCUCACCACAGUCGGCCUUCCACCUGAAAGCGGACACGCCGGUCUCUGUGAAGAAGCACCACGUCAUUCAGGAGCUCCCCUUGGACAACACCUUCGUAGGGGGCUGUGAUACCCUCUCCAAGAGGUCCUCCACCAGCUCUGACCACUUCAGUGCCUCUGAGUGCAGUUCCCAGGGAGGAUUCAAGACUAAGGCACCCAUUCACCCCACCAGACAGGCGCCGCUAACAGGAACUCUAACCCGCACCAGAACUGAGCUCAACCCCGAGUACCUGGACCUCCGCACCAGAACCGAGCUCAACCCUGACUACUGGACCCCAUGCACACCCCUAUCGCAGCGGCGUGUCACGUUUCACCUGCCAGACGGUUCUCAGGAGAGUUGCAGUGACAGUGGGCUGGGGGACCACGAGCUCCUCUCACACCCUCUCCCUCUGGUUCAGGGCCAGACACAGGAGGACUUCUACCAACAGGCUUCCCCUGACAAGAGGACAGAAGCGGAUGGAAACUCUGACCCCAACUCUGAUGGACCUCUGGGACCGCGAGGCCUUGUGGAAGCCACAGAGAUGUGCACCCAGGAGUGUCUAGUACUGGGCCACUCUGACAACUGCUGGAUGCCCCCUACUCUUGGCUCCUAUGGCCAGCCCAAGUCUCCAGUUUCCAGCUUUGCCACCCAGAAAGAAUGGGCCAAAGAGAAACUGCUCAACGGCCAUACUACCUUGACCCGGACCUGGAAGGCUGAUAACGGUCGGGACCAGUUUGGAGACAGGAAGCAAUUUUGCAGUGGGGAGGGACACUUUGGCAGCAGUGUUCACAUGGCUGACAUCCCAUUGGCUAGUUUGAAAUCCUACCAGCCAACUGCUGGCCCAGACACUACGAAAGAACAUCAGCUAUAAGAGGAGCUCUGAUUUGACUAGGCCAAUCGGAACGGGCCAAUUGGAACAGGGCAAUGGACGCAAAAGCUUUUUUGUCUUUUAUCAUUUUGUCCUACUUGAUUCAAAUGGAUGCGUCGGCUAUGUGAUGGUUACAUGUAGUAUGUAGACAACUAGAUGAUGAUGUAGACUCUACUAUUACACUUUUAUCAUGAGUUUACUACAGUUUUACUAUGAUUUUAUUAUGGUUGGUGCAAGGACAGAAAGACUCUCUUGAUUCCCUUUUGAUGAACAAGCCUUCCUCUGAGGACUUGUUCACCUCUACACUGAACUGAUACAGGUGGAAUGUGGAGGACAAGGUGAUCCGAACAACCUGGGAAAAAGGAAGAAAACAAAAAUGGAUUUCAUAUACUCAACAGUUACGAAAUGAAAAAAAUACUAUUAUGGCUGACCAAUAUAUUCAAAUAUUGUGACGUGGUUGUUAUUGAGUUGUUUGGGACUAUAUUAAUCAACACAAUCAAAGAUAAUGGAGUUACAGUCCCCAUCCCAAAUGGCACUCUAUUCCCUACGUAGUGCAUUUCUUUUGUCCAGGGCCACGGUCCCAAAUAGCACCCUAUUCCCUGCAUAGUGCACUAGUUUUAACCAGGGCCAUAGGUGCCAUUUGGGAUGCAUCACACAGUAGGAGCGCUUGUUGUUCUGAUGAUAACACUGUUAGUGGAGACUUGUUUAGUCUGUCAAUGUCAAUGUGUUUGUAAAUAGCAAACUUACUACUAACCAAUGUCAUAUAUCUGUGACCCUCCCAUGGAAAUGUUAGAGCAGUGCUCAUGGCUGUCAUCCCUCAUCAUUUAAACUUCUGUUGUGUCUGAAAUGGCAGCUGUAUUCCCAAAGAGGUCCACAUCUUCAGACCAGGUAGUGUUAAAUACAGGGAGUAUGGUGGCCUUUUAGAUGCGCGCUAUGCAUAUGGGGUUUCAGUCUUUCAUUUCCCCUUUUAGUGGUGUUGUUGGAAGACUGGGCAUUUAUGAAAAUUAUAAACACAUUUUCUGCCAUUAUAUAAAAGAUGCACAAUAUUACCCCAAAAUCUCUGCUUUUUUAAUUCAUCUACAGGAUUCUGGAACCAACCCUGUCAAGCAAACAUAUUUUUUCAAAACAAAUUUUGUAUCAUUGAUGUAUUUCGCUCAAUUUCUACAUUAUGGGAAAAGAAAAGCUCUAAUCUUUUCCCCAAAAAAGUUAAUAAAAAAAAUAUUAAAAACUGAUGUUACAAUUCAACAGCAAUAUAUUUGUAAAUGGCUUAAGUGUAUUAUCUAACUGACUUGUUAUUGUACAACAGCUCAUUUAAGUUGGGAAGUCAAUUUAAUGCAAUUGAAAACUAGUACUUCAACCUGCAUUUAAUUUUGUCAAUAUAUAGAUUGGCUAUAAUUUGUCCUUAUACGACUAUCAUUUUUCUAUGUAUGACUAUCAUGUGUCUAUAUACAACUGUAAUCUGUCCAUAUAUAACUGUCAUUUGUCCAUAUACCGCUAUCAUUUGAUCAUAUACCUCUAUCAUUUGUCUAUAUCCCUCUAUCAUUUGUCCAUAUCGCACUAUAAUUUGUCCAUAUACCUCUAUCAUUUGUCUAUAUACCUCUAUCAUUUGUCCAUAUAGUACAUCUAUCAUUUGUUUAUACACUCACCUAAAGGAUUAUUAGGAACACCUGUUCAAUUUCUCAUUAAUGCAAUUA